ACCCUCGGGGCUCCCCCCUGCCCGGCCCCUCCCUCUUGUUUUCCCACCAGAGAGGCAGGAUGCUGCAGGAAUUCACUUUGGGAGCGAUGCUAUGCCUGGGCACUCAUUCCUGCUUGACUGCCGCUUACCACUUUCCAGCUGCAAAGCAGCUGCAUGGGAAGCAGGCCUGGAACAGAAGGAACAGGACCAGAGAGAUCUGUAGAAGAGUGUCCAAGAUGAAUGACAAUCUGUUUGCCAGUUUGGACAGGCUUUUGUUAGAAUUUGUUUUCCAGUAUGAGCAAGACAUAACUACUAAAGAAGACAUGAUCCAAAGAAUUAAUAAAUGCCUUGAAAGUAUUAAAGAAAACAAAGCAAAUGUUUCUAAGAUAUGUGAAGCUAUAAACAAAGUAGAUGAGGAUAUUGCUUUUUACUAUAAACAUAGUAAAGAAAUCAAAGACAGCUGUAGUAACUGGAAGCCAACAUGUGAUGUUUUUCAUAAACAUGAAGAUUAUAUAAAAGACCAACUUACUGCUUACCAAGAAACCAAUGAGAAAGACAAAAAAAUGUAUCAUGAUUAUAUAUGUCAGUAUGAAGAUGUUUUGAAACAAUACCAACUAAAAUAUUCAGAAACACGUUUUUCAUGUAAAUAUUAUGAGAAGAAAAAAGAACAUGACGAAAUUAAAAAUAGAGUGUUGGCAUGUACUGAACAACUAAAAAUGAAUGAAGACAUUCUUAUGAAAUUUCUAGUGCCUGCUCCUUUCCCAUCUCUUACUAAAUGGACAUUAUACAUUAAUUUGAGAUAUAAAACACAAGAUUUCUUAAAUGUGCCAACAUUUUACCGAAAGAUCAUUGAAUUGGAAGAAGCAGAUGAUAUGGAAAUAGAAAUUAAUUCUUUAAAUAAGAUAUUUUAUGACUCUGGUAUGGAUAGUAAUUCAAAAUCUUCACAUGUUCCAGCUGUUAAAAGUUCACAAGGUUUUACACAAUUCAGAUUGAAUCAACCAAAUUACAGUCAAUGGAUUGAAAAAGAACAAAUAGAUACUGAACGUGGAGAUAAAAAGACAGUAGGACAAGCAAAAGAGUCAAGAUGUAGCGCACAGGCCCUAUACAUAGAACACUUUGGAAAGUCAAUAGAAAAUAAUAGUGUUGAAGAGGAAAGAGCUGAGGAUUUCCCACGAACUCCUGAAACUCCUUUAUUUCUAAGAACUUUUGAAACUCUGAAGACGCCUGAAUCUGUAGAGAAAAUGCAGUUCCCUAAAAGCCCCUUCUUUGAAAUAACUAAAAAUGCAACAUCUGAAGGACAUAAACAAAAGGAUUCUCCUGGAUUUUCAUUUCUUAUGAGUUAUACCUGUAAAUCACCUGGACUAAAUUUAUUUGAUUCUUCUGUAUCUGAUUCAGAAAUCUCAUCAGAUCAGUUUAAUGAACAUUACUCUGCAGUAAAUCUAAAUCCUCCUUCAUCACAACAAGGAAUUGGUAACUUAUUUGGGAAAUCAGAAGGAGAAGAUGCCUUCACAUUUUCUUUUUCAUCAGAAUCUUCUCACACAUUUGGAACUGGAAAAGAUGAUUUUAGUUUUCCAUUUUCUUUUGAACAGGAUCAAAACACAAUGCCUUCUUCUUCCUCAAAAGAGUUUUCAUCCUCACAAAAUAAAACACAAUUUAUGUUUUUUUGA